AUGGUACACUCAAAAAAAAUAAUCAGCUCCGCAUCAUCAGGAGCGUUGCCAUCCCAAAGUGGUAAAAACGAAAUGGCAGUAGGAAGUUCAGAAAGUGGAGUGGGUGUAAAGAAGAGCACACAAGGAUCGUUCUUCACCAAGAGAACCGCUAUGCUCUUCUUUGUUGCUGCUUAUAUUUUUCUAAAGCACCAGGAUGACUUCGCAAGACAAAACGCUGCUGCGACAUUACAAGUGAGGAACAGAAUUGCCCGAAAUUUAAAGGCGAACACAGAAACUGCUCCAUCGGAAGAGGAACUCGAAUAUUAUGAGGAUGGUGAUGAGAGCCAUGGAGAUGGUGAGGAAGCAUAUGAGGACCCCGAAGAGGCCUAUGAAAGCCACCCCGAAGAAGCCUAUGAAAGCGACCCACAGGAAAUCUCUAAACACCACCCCGAAGAAAUUAGCAGAAGGCGCUCAGGGGAAUAUGCUCCUCAAGGGGAACAUGCUCCUGAGGGAGAACAAGCUCCUGAGGGAGAACAAGCUCCUGAGGGAGAAAGACAAUAUGUUGAUGAAGGUAGAGAAAUGGGAUGGGGAGAAGGAGCUCCUAAUGUAGAACAGGAAGUUCAACAACCAGGUGAACAGCCAUUUCCACUGUUUGGGGAGAGAACAAAUUAUGUCGCAAGUGCUGACUUAUGUUAUUAUGCUCAAUUUGUGAAGUUAUAUAAGAAUGCAUAUAAUGAUGAUAAAAAAAAAAAGAAAGAAAAGAAAGAAAAGAAAGAAAGAAAGGAAGAAGUAAAAGAAGAAGUAAAAGAAGAAGAAAUAAAAGAAAAGGAAGAAAAGACGGAGGAGGAAAUCCUGAAAGAGGAGAAAAAAAGUCAGAAGGAAUUAAAUAAGUGGAACAAAAAAGCAUACAAUGGUCUACUCGGUAAACUAGAAGAAUAUGAAGACCAAUUAGAAGAAGAGCGCAAAAGAUUAUUAAUAUAUGAGAAGGAAGAACAAAAAAAAAAAAAGAAUGGAAAGCCUGAACUGAUAAGUAAUUGGGAAAUAAAAAAAUUAAAUAUGCAUGGACAUGAUGAAAGGGAUUAUUUAGAACAUAUACCAAAAAAUAACAAAAGAUCAUUAAGAUAUGAUGAGGAAGAACAUAUAGAUGAUGAGGAUGGAAUGAACGAAUUAUUAUUUGAAGAUUUUAAAAAAUGGGAAAAUUACGGAACGCAUAAAAAUGGUUCCUUCUGCUACGAAAUGUCUUGUUGUUUUGAUGAAAGAUUGACAGAUAAAGAAAUAAAUAAGGAAUUGAAAGAAAUGGAAAAAUUUCCUAAAAAAUGCGAAUUGACCUCUCUUUACUGGCAAUCAUUCCUAAAUGAAAGAAGUAAAUAUAUCAAUGCUAACAAACGUCUGUUUAAAAAAUUCUUAGAAUUAAAAAAAAAACAAAAUUUCGAAACUAUCUCAGGAUAUAAGAACAAAUGGAAAAAAUGUAGUAAAAUAGUUGGUAAUAACUUUAAAGAACAACGCGAACAUGUUAAUGAUAUAUUUUAUACAUCUGUUGUAAAGGAAAAUUUAAGCAGAGAUGAAUUUAAGGAGAUCUUAAAUGAUGUUAGGGAUUCAUGGAAAGAAGUCACCCUUAAAGUAACGGAUGAGUGUGUAGCCCUUUUGGAAGAACCAAUUGUCCCAGAAGUGAAAAUCAUAGACUUUAACCCUUAUUAUGGGGAAGGAAGUUUUAGAGUUACACGUCUGAGCAGCCCCGAUCCAAGCUCCUAA